GGACUCGUAGCGAGGCGAGCACGGAGCCUUCCGCUGCAGUUUACAUUGCGUUGCCCUUGCGUAAGGACAUCAUCCUUUUUUGCUCCUCAUUUUGUCGUGCGAAAAAGAUAAAAGCAUCGGCCACCAGAAACAGAUAAAAACACAAAAAUAAAAAAAACACAAAUAAAUUCAACGGAAACAGAAACGGCGGAUUGAACUCCUGCGCUUGUGACAGUGAUCCUUGUGUUUUUGACAUCGCACUUGCCGAAAUAUCAGAGCGCAAAGGGCGAUCCGGAAAAGGAUCUCUUCCUUAACUGGUUUCCCGGGUGCGUGUAUGUGUUUGUGUGUUACUGUGCGAGGCUGUUGCUUCAGGUGUGAUUGUGUGUGUUUGUGCAGUCACGUGUUCUAAGGUGAUUUUAACGAGUUCCGCGAUUCGCGACAGGAGAUAAGCAGCAGCAGUAGCUGCGGAAGGACGAGAGAAAAGCGUAGAAGCAGCUUAGCAAAAAGCAAAAAUAUAAGGAACAGAGCUCGGCUAAGGGAAGCCAAGCAACGAAAAUCCCCUUUUGGCAGGACGCACUCGAUGUUCGGUCCAUGCGUCUUCAAGGAUUCCCAGAUGAAUCAUCUGAAAAUUGCAUGAAAUAAAAUUGUUUGCCAAAUUGUGCAGGAUACUAACAAAAAUAUAGCAAAGAAACAUCUAAGAACGCAAAUUCGUUUGUGAAAUAUGACUGCCGACGUACACUUAAAGAAAUAGAUUAAAAACAGGAAAACAACGAGCCAUUUAUCGCAUAACAUUAAAGAAAAGCUACGUUACAAAUUUUCAUCAUGCGGUUUCCACGAAUUGUCUGCCAAACGGCUUUGGCCACAAUUCUUCUGGCAAUAAACUUUGAGCUGAUCGCCGCAUUAAGAGAUGUCCGAGUGCGAGUUCCUCAUGCGGUGAGGCGGAACGAGAAGGCGAUUCUGAAAUGCUUCUACGACAUCGAAGACGACAGCUUGUACUCCGUGAAAUGGUACAAGGGACGUCGGGAGUUCUACCGAUAUACACCGAAGGAGACUCCGCCAAUGAAAGUCUUUCACUUUCCAGGUGUCAAAGUGAAGCGAAUGUCCUCGAACGAGAGCCAAGUGGUACUCGAUGCAGUUACAAUGGCUACAUCCGGUAAAUACAGUUGCGAAGUAUCUGCGGAUGCGCCCUCAUUUCAUACAUUAAUAGCGGCCGCCGAAUUGGAAGUUAUUGAAACGCCGCACAAUCCGCCAUUCAUAACGGGAAUACGGGCUCGAUAUCGGGUCGGCGACAUAUUGCGAGGUAAUUGCACAUCGCGCCACUCGCGACCGGCGGCCAAUCUCACAUGGACAGUGAAUAAUGAAGAGGUCAAUCCUUCCCACGUGCGUCACCACAAAGUUGUCAGAGAAUCUCGCAAUGACCUGGAAUCCUCGAUUGUGGGUAUUCAUUUUGUUGUAACCGAUCAGCACUUUGAUAAUGGAAAGCUAAAGCUUCGUUGCAGUGCCCAGCUGCAUGACAUUUAUUGGAAGACCACCGAAAAGACCGUUCUCGAGGUGGAUCCGUUCACGAAAUACGGAAAUGGGGCCAAUGGAAACAGGGUUAGCCCCGACGAGUUUUAUGACCAGUACACGCUUCACGAGGAAGACCAGUUCCACAGCAAGAAGAAUGGCUUCCUGACGCACCUGCAGGACUUGUUUUAUUUUGUAUUCCCAGGCGAAGAAGAUGAUGGAAUAGACAACGGUGUAGAGGAUGGGGGCGCAGCAUGGCGAGGAGCCGGGUCGUCCAGCUCCCGCCUAAGUCAGUCCUGGGCGGCAGGCGGAGGCGGACUGUUUCUGGCGGCGCUCAGUUGGACGCUCGGCAGGCAAUUAGUGUCAUCGCCGUUGGAGGCGGCGUCAAAGACCGAGAGUGUGUGCAACACCUGCAAAACCCAAAACUCGCGCAGCCAGAGCACCCAGGGCCGCCCGGGCAGGAGGCAUUGCCAGAUCCGACGGACACAAGGUAUGCGGGUCAUUGCAACAAAGCACAAGAGAUGCCUGCGGGCCUCCGACUGCAGCUGGCAAGGAUGCAGCACCAUCACCCUCAGCACAAACAGGAGCGGCAGAAGCACCCGGCAAUUAACAUGAUUCCAUUGUCACGCAACUCUAGUGCCACACUUCAGGGAUGGGGAGGACGUGAGGUUCAAACCAAAAACCGAAGCGGAGAUGGAGGUGGACGUGGAGGUGGUCGAGGGAGUCCAGCUAAAUAAGGAAGAAAAGGAUAUGGGAACUAUUUCAGCCCAAGGCCAAGACCCAGAAGCUACAGCAAAAUGUAUCUAAAAUAUUUAUACACCUACACUACCACAAAGACACUCGUUUCAGAUAGCUCAAAGUAACUUCAGAUGCAUUUAGGUAAAAAUACAAAAUAAAAUUACCAGAAACACGCUGCAGCGAUACUUAUAUGUUCACUUUUUCGGGGCGGAGGAGAUAAGGGUUCGAAAUGGUUUCCGGCUCAUACAAACUUCAGGAAAAGCUUUAGAUUUAAUUAAUUAGAUUUAAUUAAAUUAUGAAUUAAAGAUGGACUCCAUAAAACUUUUUGCAUUCAAUGAUUUGAAACCAUUUGGAAGCCGCUCCCCACUUAGUUUUCGUGUCAUUAGAUGAGUCGAAAAGCCAGAAAAAGAAAACAUGUUGUGCUAAGCUUUUAAUUCUUAGUUCUCUAUACAUUUAUAUAUAUUUAUAUAUAUCAAAGUCAAGAUUAUUUAUAAAUCAUAUAAAUGAUGUUUAUGUAUAUGUAUAUGUACUAUAUAAAGUUAUACUUAAUAUGCCUAAAUGUAUUUGCCCCAAAACCAAAAAGCAAACGAACGGCAAAGUUAAGCAAUUAGAUCCUAAGUUUAAAUAUUGCCUACACAUGUAAAAGAAUAUAUGUAUUGUACUUGUAUAUAAUAUAUAAUUGGAACACGAUAGACAGAUGGAUAAAAGAUAUGUAUAUUAUAAGUAUUUACGGUAGAUAAUCAAAAUAAAAAUCAGAAGAGAACUAAA